CGUUGCUGUUCUUAAAUAAAUUCUCAUAUCUCUAAUAUUUUGGAAUAAAAUAAAGGCUUACGUUAGUUAGGUAUUUUUUGAGCUGCAGGAGAGUAAUUUUAUUAGACAGCAAGUGAAUUGACAGCAACACACACAACAUCCUUAUUCUUGCUCCACCGAGGAAGGAGAGUAAAUUCAUUUGGCAGUCAGUAAAAUAAGAUCAACAGACAGAACAGAAGCUCCUUUUCCAUCUCGUUCAAACAAGAAAGAAACGUACAUUUCCUUUCAGUCAGUACAAUACGGAAAUCAAGAAAGUUGGUCUUGUCUCUGAACUUUUCUGAAGAAAGCACGAGCAAAAAAAAAACAAGAAAAACGUUGGUUCGAUAUUUUAAAAAAAAAUGAAUUUCGAUGGAGCCCCUGCAAUUAUUGUUAUGGGAGGAGUCUAUAGCAACCAUCUUAGAGAACAUAUCAGUAAUGAAUACCUUGAAAAACUGAAAGAAUCAGCCAGAGAGGGAUAUGCAGUCUUAACGAAUGAUGGCACUGCUGUUGAUGCUGUUGAAAAGGCAGUUAGUAUUUUAGAGAGCAGUGACUUAUUCAUGAUAGGUCGUGGAUCUCCAUUGAACAGUGAAGGAGAAGUUGAAUGUGAUGCAAUGAUUAUGGACGGGGACACCUUAAAAACAGGUGCAGUAAUUUCUGGUCGAUAUUUCAAAAAUCCAGUUUGCCUUUCUCGAAAAAUUAUGAAAGAAACGCCACACUGUGCUCUCAGUGGUGAAGGUGCUUUGCAUUUUGCUUUGAGUAAAGGUUUUCCUUGUUGCUCGCCAAAUGAAUUGAUAAAUAAACAAAAACGUCUUCCUCCUGAAUGUUUCGAGGCAUAUGUUAAAUUUUUUUGCAACGGAGGUCCUUUUCCUGAUAUCGCCCUUGAUAUUUCUCCUGAAGAGGCUUUCACUUGCGAUACUGCAUGUGCUGUUGCAAUUGAUAGACAUGGCAAGUUGGCAUGUGCCACGUCAACAGGAGGUAUUGCUGGCAAACUUAAAGGUCGUGUUAGUGACACUCCAUUAGUUGGUUGUGGUGGAUAUGCAAAUGAUAAAGGAGCAGCUACAGGAACUGGUCAUGGAGAGAAAUUGAUAAAAUUGAACUUCGCUAAACAAAUUGUAAUUGGAAUAGAAAAUGAAAUAAGUGUCCAGGAAGCUGUACAGAGUGCUGUGAAUUUAGUUCAAGAAAGACAAGAAGGACUCGUAGGAGGAAUUGCCAUUGACAGACAUGGAAAUAUUGGCAAGGCAUUUAAAAAUGACCUCAUGCCUUGGGUUAGCAUCAAAAAUGAUGAAAUAGAAUUUGGGUUGGAAAGGGAUGAAGAAGGAAACUAUCCUAUUAAAGUUAUUGAAAACAUUGGCGUUGUAUAGUUUAUGAUUUAUACAUGAAUUAAUAUUCAUUCACAAUCAUGCACUGUUUAACUUUAGCAUUUGAAACUAAAUAUUCACAAUUCACACAAACAAAUUAACAAUAUGAAAAUCAUAAUCAUUUAUACACGUACAUAAUUAUCGUGCGUAAAUACAGUACUCCACUGCAUCGGUUAGUCAUAUCAUAUUUUCCUUCAUUGUUGCAUUUUUAAUUAUUCACAUGAUAAAAGAAAAUCAUUGUUGCUUAAAUUUCUUCACUUCAAAUAUUGUCUGAACAGAAAA